AUGUCAUGUUCUUUGGAAACUUGCUUAGACCUUAAGGUUAAUUGCUUUUUAGGCUUCCUCCACGCCAGAAAUUCACUUUUUGAACAAUAAGAAUUAUGUGUCACCGGAGUGGGGCAGAAUUUUAGAGAUGCUUAGGUGGGGCAUGGCCCUAAAAAAAAAGAACCGAAAGAAUGUAACGGCCGGCCGGUCGCGCGUGCUUAGUGGGGCAGAGCCGGUGUACAACACUAUAGUCCCGGGUAUUAAUAGUCUGCGGAGCAUGGGCCGAGUACCGUUAAGGCCGAAUACGAUACACUUCGGUAUCUUACUUAACGGAGAAUGCCUUGUAAGAGCGAAAUGCGUAGAGCCGCGAGGAGGAAUCAUCGACAGACGCGCUAGUUCAAACAGCGUGAUGGUACUUUUAUGCAUUUUGUGUCACGCAAAUGAAUAUCCGGAGACGAAACAAUCGAGACCGGGCGACGUCGAUUCGACAACGGAAUCUAACGAACCCCCGGAAGGAUAUUACGCUUUUGUGAAGUCGCCGAACGCGGAGCCGCCUAAAGUGAGGCCUCCACCUUACAUAGACAGCGACAAAGAAUGCCACGCGUCGACACCGACGAGAAACGAAGCAGAAGCAAACGAUCGUCCGAUUCAGAGAGCGCGUUGGACACACUGCGAAACGGUCGUAAAUUCUGCGAGAAUGGCGGAGGAGUGGUGUGCAUGCUGUACAAGGCUAUACAAGGCGAACCAUUGGCUACCUCGGCGGCUGAACGCCGUGACGAGCCCUCCACGCCCGAGUAUCGUCAACGAACACCACCGCAAGAGAAGCCAGAGUACACCGGUCCACCCACUCCUUGUCCAGCCAAAGUGGAGUACGCGACACCGGUGUUCGCCAAGAACUAUCAAGGAGUUUGGCGCUACGUAGUCCAAAUCCCUUACGAGGGUUACUUCACGCAGACUAUCGAAGUAACCAGAUGCAUGCAAUCGAGGUGCCAUUAUCUCGACGGUGGCUGCCUGUCGUCGCCAAGAUGGACUAGCCUUCUAGUAGCGGAGAUAUUCUAUCCCGACACGUUCCUGGAAGAGAAUCAAAACACGAGAGUUGCCGGCCUGAAGGACGCCGCCGGCUCACCGCCCCCCGUUCACGAUUUCCAGAAUUACCAACAGUACCUGCAGAAACGCGCCGGGGAGAACGAGGCUCGCAACAGUGGAUCCCAGCAUCAUUGCGACGGCGUCGACGAGAUGGGUUGCUUCCAGGUGAGACUGUACUACGACUGGUUCCUGGUACCGGGAAGCUGCAAGUGUUGGCGCCCCGAUUACUUCAAUCGCUACGUACGUCGAAGUGGAUCUAACGUUGAAUUGUGAUGGCGGUAUCGCAUGCCAGAUCGCGUGGAUGAGCAAUAGGACACGCUUGCGACACGCUUGGAUCGAUAAACCUAUCAGAUUUAACCUCGAUGUCUCGAUCGACCGAUCGAAAAAUGUUUCGCGUAAUACAGGGUAGGCCAAAGAUCACUUCCUACCGGUGAUUUAAAUUUAAUUUGAAAUUAAUGAAAUUAGUCAUGUCUUCUUAUAUUUUGAUAUUUCAUUGAAAAAAAAAAAGGUAGGAAGAAACUUAUAGCCCACCCUUUGUACACAACGAAGAAUUGCUUUUCUAUAAAAUCGGCUGGAAAUGACCGUCGAAUGAGAAGAAUCGCGACCGACGUACAUGGUAGCUUUAAUAUAUUGAUAAUACAUCGACUGCUGUUAAACCUGCAGCAUUGUGCGUGUUAAAGACUGAAGAAAAGUACCAUUAUAUCGCGAACGCAGUAGAACGCGCGCUAAUGGAAAAGUUUGCCUCAACGCGCGUUGUUACCAAGUAUUUCUUUCUCUUUUCCUUUUUUUCCUCUUCUUUUUCUCUCUUUUUUUUUUU